AGACUGUGAGUGACAGUGAGGGGGGAGAGAGACGCUGCAUGAGACAGGAAGCUGCAGGCGGGGGAGUGGUCACAUGUAUAAAAGACGGCUUGUCUUCCUGCUUUCUGCUUUUGUCUUCUGUGUUCGUCCUGCUCGUACCUGAGACUCUACCUGUACAGAAUGUCGUGGCAAUCGUACAUCGAUACUCUGAGGACAGCUGAUCAGAGCGGCCAGGUCCCGAUAGCAGAGGCGGCCAUCUGCGGGAUCGAGCCGGGUCAGGAGAGUGUUUGGGUCAGCACCCCCGGCCUGAGCAACAUCACGGUGGAUGAGAUAAAGAAGCUGGCUGGCAACCGGUCAAGCUUCGGUCAGACCGGCGUCUACAUCGGCGGGACGAGGUGCAGGCUGAUCCGAGACCAGCUGGACGUGGAACCCAUCUACGCGCUGGACCUGAAGACCGCUGCCGACGCCGAUGGCAAUGCCUAUGGGAUCUGUGUGGGCAAGAGCAAAAAAACUGUAGUCAUAGCAAAGGGCAUCAAGGACGCCACCGGUGGACAGCUGUCCAACAAGGUGUUCACCGUCAUCAGCCACCUGAGGACAGCCAACUACUGAACAAGCCCCGCCCCCCCACCAUCAGCAUCAUUACCAGAGCUUCCAUAGGUUUUUCUCUUUCAGUGUUUUCCUGGUUGUAAUGAGUGAGUCCCAGCUGUCCACACGCCAACCACACGCGUGUGCACAGCAGGAAGUCUGCCUUACAGCGUCCAAUCACAUGGCUGGAUGAAAUAAAACAUGUUUGACUCAA